AUGAAUGUUGGGUUCUCUCUCUGUUCUCAGGACAGCGGCUCUGAGACGCACCGCAUCGCUCCGUCUCCCGUCGUCCAUGUGCGAGGACUGUGUGAAUCCGUGGUGGAGGCCGAUCUGGUCGAGGCCUUGGAGAAAUUCGGAAACAUCUGUUACGUGAUGAUGAUGCCGUUCAAGCGGCAGGCUCUGGUGGAGUUCGAGGAGGUUCAGAGCGCUGACCGCUGCGUGGCGUGUGGCUCGCAGGAGCCCGUCUACAUCGCAGGACAGCAGGCCUACUUCAACUACUCCACCAGCAAACGCAUCACGCGGCCCACCAACGCCGACGACCCCAACAGCGGGAACAAAGUGCUGCUGCUGUCCAUCCAGAACCCGCUCUACCCCAUCACUACGGAUGUUUUGUACACGGUCUGUAACCCGAUCGGAAACGUGCUGCGCAUCGUGAUCUUCAAGAGGAACGGGAUCCAGGCCAUGGUGGAGUUCGAAUCCAUCCAGAACGCUCAGAAGGCCAAAGCCGCCCUCAACGGGGCCGACAUCUAUGCCGGCUGCUGCACGCUGAAAAUCGAAUACGCUCGGCCCUCACGCCUCAACGUCAUUAGAAAUGACAACGACAUUACUGUAGAGCGCGGUAAAGGCCGACAGCGGCAGGCCAUCCUGGGAGAACAUCCGUCCUCGUACAGCGAUAACGGAUACGGUCACGUGUCGAAGCAGCACGCUGUGAUCCCCAGUCAGGUGUUUGAGCUGGAGGACGGCUCCAGCAGCUAUAAGGACUUCGCUAUGACGCGUAACAACCGCUUCACCAGCGCCGGCCAGGCGUCCAAGAACAUCAUCCAGCCGCCCUCCUGUGUGCUGCACUUCUACAACGUGCCGCCCUGCAUCAGCGAGGACGACCUGCAGCGGUUAUGCACAGAACACGGCGUCCCAGGAUUCAGCAAAUACAAAGUGUUUGACGCCAAACCCAGCUCAAAGACCAUCUCUGGCCUGCUGGAGUUCGACAGUAAGACUCACGCCGUGGAGGUUCUGACGGUCCUCAACCACUAUCAGAUCCGGAUCCCCAACGGUUCGAACCCGUACACACUGAAGCUGUGCUUCUCCACCUCCUCACACCUCUGAGCCGGAGCGACUGACACCACCAUCUUCAUCAUCAUCUUCAUCCUCCUCACCUCCUCCUGCUCCUGCUGCUCCUCUCAGACCCGACUCUCCUUCGGUUUUAGUCCUCUUUAGUUUUUC